GUCUGCCCGGACUGGUCCUGCCUUGCCAAACGGCUCCGAGGCUGCUGAGACUCCAGACAGGAUGAGAGGCUGCACAGAGGUACAGAGGACUAGACUGUAAGUGAGAAAUACAGAAAGAGGAGGGAUAACGCUGCUGAGACUUUAUAAGAAGAGGAAGAGGAACCAUGUCCUAGAGGAGGAGCUGCGGACCGAGAAGGCCUGGUGGAACAGAAAGCAGCAGGUCUGCUGCACGGAUCACCGGCCCGCACGGUCGGGCCUGGCCGGCUGAAGCUGGUAGAACCUUCAGGAUGCAAACCUCUGCUCAGGACCCACGUUAAACAGCGAGGAGAGUUUACCACAGAGAGAGCUGCGCGUGUGUGCGUGUGUCGAAGUGCGAGAAAGAGAGUUGUGUGUGUUUUGGUGAGUGGGUGCGUGUUUGUGUGUCAGCAUGAGUCUGGUCUCGGGGUUUCCUCACCACCCGGUCAUGCACCAUCACGACAGCCACCACUACUCCCUGCACGCGGCGGCGGCGGCCGGUCGGUGUCACGAGGAGACCGGGGCUCCUCCGUACUUCACGAGCUGGCUAAUAAGUCACGCGGAUAUGUCUCCAACCGAGUACAGCCUCGCGCCCGGGUUCAGCCCAGAGUACCAUGGCAACAGCGGCGGCGGGUCCACCGGCGGCCUGGACCCCCUCCAUCACCACCACCACUACGGACCCGGCGCCUUGGUCCCGGGGGCCAGCGCCAUCUCGGUAAACGGAGCGGCAGUCGGUAUGCACCCCCACACACUCCCGCGGCCCGUGAAGCGGAGACCCACCGCCAACCGGAAGGAGCGGCGGCGGACCCAGAGCAUCAACUCGGCCUUCGCCGAGCUGCGGGAGUGCAUCCCCAACGUGCCGGCCGACACCAAGCUGUCCAAGAUCAAGACGCUGCGGCUGGCCACCAGCUACAUCUCCUACCUGAUGGACAUCCUGGACAAGGACGGACAGCACGGGGACACGCAGGCGUUCAAGGCCGAGCUGAAGAAGACGGAGGCCCGGGAGGAGCGGCGGAAGAGAGAAGCGGUGGAGAUCCCUAAAACAGCACCAUCAUCAUCAUCCUCCUCAUCAUCAUCGUCAGCGGGAGAUAAGAAGAGUAAAGGGCGGACAGGAUGGCCCCAGCAUGUAUGGGCUCUGGAACUCAAACAGUAAACCCCCCCCCACCCCCCCACCCCCCCCCCCCC